UAGAUCAGGAGUUGACAUGGAUUCCAUUGGGUGAUUUUAUAAGAUUAAUAAAUAUGAUUGAUUGAAUUUCAGAAGAGAGAAAAAAAGGAAAUGGCGGCAAUUACUGAGCAAGAAUUGGAUUCCCUUCUCUCCAGUUUCGAUCAGAUCUACGAGGAUUUCAAGAGUGGCGUCUCCGAGAUCCAAUUUUUGAGAUUGAGUUGUAAUGCAGCAACUAAAGAGAGAGAAGCUCUCGAGGUCAUUUGUAAUAGCCUCAAACAAGAGAAUGAGCAGCUGAAAAUAUUUUACACAGAUUCUUUAAAGCAUCUGGUUGAUCAGUUUGAAUGGCGUACCCAACGUCAGAGCUUGAAAGAAGAACUGAAGAAAGUCAAUGAGGAACAUAUCGAUAAAGAAGCUAGAAGGAAAAAAAAGAGAGAGAGGGACCCACCUCAAGAACUUCAAUUGUUGUCCAAUUUUCUUCCUUUUGGGGUUCAACAAUACUGGAAGCUCCAGCUCUUGUGGAUCAAACACAAACCCAGAUGGGAUUUUCUUUAGUUUUUCAGAUUUGAGUUGAAGAAUCUCAGCUUGGAUUCUCCUCUCUUGCUCAUGCAAUUCUUGGAUGUAAUCAAUUCCAUCUUUAAUUGUUGAUGCCUUGUCCAUCUAAACACAUCCAAAAAUAAUAAAAUCAAAAACUACAUAAAAAAAUUAAAUUAAUGAAAAAUAGAGCAAUUAUCAUGUAAAGCAAGAUACUAAAAAUAGAUUAGAUAUUGUCAAGUAGGUCGAGACAUAAAAAAAAAAAACCAACCUUGUUAAUGUUAGGGACCACAGCUCUAAGUUCAAACAGCCUUUCAUUGAGCUUCUUCCUCCUAUUCCUCUCUGAAACUAUGUUCUUUGAUGCCACCGAUCCUCCUCUGUCCAGCGAACUCAAAUCGUAGUACUCCGAAAUCGCCUCAUCGAUUGUUCUUGCUAUGAACCUUCAAGUGUUCAAUAAUUUGCUUGUAUGAAACAAUUAAAGCUUCAGCCUUGAUUCCUUUGCAUCAAAUUGGUGUGAUAAGAAAGUGAGACGGA